UUUCUCGCGACUUGCGAUCGCGGCUCUUUUUAAAUCCCGUCGAUCGAACAGAUCAGUAAGGAGACGCAGAAGUCGAUGCCAUGGCGGAGCACGAUUUCUUCCAGAUCGAGAAGCAGAACGCGGCCAGAUACGGUGUCGUGGAUGGAAGAAGCUCCGCGCGAGGGAUCCAAAGCGUGGUGUCGAGGAUCAACCCGCAGCUUCUCCGGAGCGUGAUUGCCCCCGGUCCCGCCUCGAUGUGGCCGGCGAACGCCGCCUUACUUUUGUCUUCUUCGUCUCCGCCGCCGGUGACGGCCCCGAACCCCUCCGUCAGAUCGGUUACGGAGAUUUCAAAGGAGACGAUGCCGCUGACGAUCUUUUACAGAGGCACGGUGGCCGUUUUUGACCUACCACGAGACAAGGUUGGUCACUCGCUUUUUCCCAUCCCGUUUCCGUUUUCUCCAUUUUCUUUAAAAAAAAAUUCGUUAAAGGGAACAACUAUUAAAUUCUUUUCAGACGGAGGCGAUUUUGAAACUGGCAGAGACGGCAAAUGCCGACAAUGUAAUUGGCGGAACGGAAGGCAUGAGUUUGCCGGAGGACCUGCUUCCGAUGUCUCGGAGGAAGUCACUGCGGCGAUUCCUCGCGAAACGCAAGCAGAGGUUGACCGAGUCAGGCCCAUACGUGAAGGUGAAGGAGGUGGAAGAUUCGGGGAAGAUUAGGUUUCGGUCUUCGCAAGCUGGCGUUGCGUGCUGCUCGCUCAGGCCUGAAUCGCGUUUAGGUGGCCAGGGAUGAGUUGCUUGCUGCGUGCCUGAUUAAUUAAGCAUUACGUGUUUUAUUUAGUUUGAUAUGCAUGAUUUUAACUAUAUAUAUGGUUUCUGGUAAAUGUUCCGAAUAAACAUAUACAAGUUUGAUA